AUGUUCCAGAGCGCGAAUAGGCAUGCCUCACCUUCACGGAUAUCACAUAGUGCGUUGGUGCGCGUCGCAUGCGCUGCAGCCAGAAAGUAUGAACGACUUCUGCAUCAGGAAAACUUCACUCGUGCGCUCUUGUGUGAAGAGCUGUGUCAGACGAGUAAGACAUGGCGUCAAGCGUCAGUGGGUGCGCGGAACAUGUUGCGUCUCCAUCACCCACAGCUCCGGCGGAUUGUUCUUCUCCCAUCUUCUCUCUGGCCCUCUUUUUCCAAGGAUGUGUUGGAUGAAAUUCAGGCCGAGGAGGCAAACUUUGCUGACUUCCUGCGAUCCUCCGAAGAGGUUGGCCCUUCGACAGCGUUUCAGACAUACAAAGGAUUACAGCAAUGUGUGGGGCAACAAGGCGCCGAGUGGCUCUUGGAAUUUGCACGGCAUCGUGCAGCUAAUAACACCAUGAAUGCUGCACGUAGCCAGCCCCUGCUUGAAAGCCUUCAGUGGUUGUUGCAACAACUACCCUGUGCUGCUCCACAUAACGAUAGAAUUGGUUGUUGUGAAGACGACGAUAAAGAGUUACCCUAUAUGGAUGAUAUUCCACCUCUUUCGAGUACGCAUGACGCCCUGCAGCAGCGAUCUGUGGAAAAAAGCAAGGAGACACAGUCGGGUAAGCUGCGCUUUGUAUCUAGUGAGGGUCCUGACCCUGAGGCGGAUGUCAAGGGUCGCUUCGAUCAAGUAGGCGAUUUAGACAGGCAAGAGAUCGUAUCUGAGCCCAAUUUUAGCCCAUCGCUCCGCCCAUUACCGUUACCGCAGCAGGAUGCAUCCGGUGAUGCUCUUGAAAAGAGUUUAUUCGCCACAGACGACAGUUCCUGUGACAUGGAGUGGGAGCAGUUGAAUCAGGCUUAUCUCAGCGCACAGGAGGCGCGGGAGAGAACCUUGCGCCAACGUCUAUGCCGCCUUGUCGAAGUUGUGGAAGAUGGUGUCGGCCAGGGCACAAGAGCGCGAGAUAACACCGUUUAUCCCCCCCAUGAGGAUGGAAAUGGGCAAGCGGCGGCCGAAAGUUCAGAGGCUUGCCGUUUAGCGUCUGGUUCAAGUGAGGCGGGGGAUUCAAUCGACGUCUUUAGUGCUGUUCGAGAGGUUUGCGUGCCUUUUCUCGGUCUAAGGGCUGCGUGUGUCACUGGUGCCGAGGAGGCACACUAUUGUGUGAUGUGCGAGUUGGGUGGCAGCCUAUCAGUGAGGGACCAACUCAACGCUAAGAAUGAGAACAGUGAUCAGGAGGGAAAUCAUUCAGAUGAGGAACCCCCGCUGCUACGCUGUGCGGGGUGCAAGGCGCUGGUUCACCGCAUGUGCGCCCACCAGGGAGGUCAACACACGGCCAACCUUUUGUAUUGUUCCAAGUAUUGUACCCCAUCGACAUUAUAA